AUGGAAGAAGCUAUCUCACAACUAAUAUCAAUGGGUCAUGAAGAAGAAAUAGCAAGAAAGGCAAUUCAAGCCACAAACACACACGAAAUAUAAAAGAACAUCGAAUGGUUAGACAAAUACUAUGAUGAUCUCGCUAUAAAAAUGUCACUAGAAGAAGCACAAAAUGAAAAAAGCAAACAGGAAGAUAAUAAAGAAAAUACAGAAAAUUAAUAGAUUGAAACAUAAUAAAAACAACCAGAAACAUAAUAACCAUAAGAAUAAUGGGUAUCAGUAUCAUAAUUUGUAGACUAGAAUUUAUCUAAAUAAGUAUAAGAAUUAGGAUACACAAAAAAUAUAGCAGAAAAAGCAUUAUUUAUGACUUAAUAAAAAUCUAUAGAAUCUGCUUUAGAUUGGAUUGAAUAAAAUAAGGAAAAUAAAGAUUUCGAAGAAGAACUUUUAGUUAGCAUUUAAUAAUAAGAAAAUAAACCAAAAUUAACAGAAUAAGAAGCCAAAUAAAAAGCAAGAGAACUAUAGGAAAAAUUAAGACAAGAAAGAGUAAAAAGAGAAUAAUAGGAUUAAAUUGAAAGAGAAAGAAAUAGAAUUAAAUCUAAUAAACUCAUGGGAAAUGCAUAAAGGGAAAUUCAAGAAAUGAAACAAAAACAAGAAGCUUUGUAAGCAAAAAAAUAAAAAGAAUAAGACAUGAUAGAAAAAUAAAGAAUACUUGAAUAAUUAAAAAGAGAUAAAGAAGAAAGAUUUGGAAAAAAAUUUGAUACUUUAUCUAAACCUGCAUAAUCUGAAAAAAAAGAACCUACUUAAAUUGAAAAAUUUGAAAUUGCAUUAAAAUAAAUUAAAAUUGCAUAGCCACGAAAUCUAUUUUUAGAUAAGGCUUCUAUUUGUUUAAAAACAAUAUAAGUUUAUAUAAAUAAUAUUGUUAAUAAUCCCACAGAAGAUAAAUAUAGAAAAAUAAAGCUUGAAAACAAAGCUUUUUAAUAAAGAGUUUGUGAAUGCUUUGGUGGAAGAGAAAGCUUACUAAAUUUAGGAUUUAUAGAAGAACCUGAAUUUCUAAAUUGUAUAAAUCCAGAUUUUCAAUUACUUUAAAAUGCAUUAAGAAUAUUAGAAUAGGAAAUAUAAACUUGUUGA